AUGACGUAUACUCCGUUCAAGUGCAGCACGAUUAGCAGUACAACCCCCGCGCAACAACGAAUAAGUAACAUGACCUGCACACAAAUAGACGUAAUGAAACAGAUGAAGCGAUUUUACAAUCCGAGGGAAAAUAUCAACUGGACUCUGAUUCGAUUCCGUCAUAGAGUGUCACAAUUACGAAAAAAAAAAUUAAAAUAUAAAAACCACUCCAAGGUUGCGUUGCGAUUUCGCUUAACUCGAUUUGGAUGGGAAAGAUUGCAGUCAGGUCGAAAUGCGAGUAAAAGAAAUAUGUCCAUUAAAAAGUACAAUGAAAAAAUGAAAAUAAAAUACGUCUCACGGGAUGACAUCAAGAAGUUCAAGUUCCAAAUGCCUAGCUAUGUCCUGCGGAUACGUGACUCUCCGGUUGAUUACAACCCCAACAUUAUGCGUGCCCGCAAGUUUUUGCCUUCGCACUUCGGUUAG